CCAUUACCUCAUGCACGCCUAUAAGUUCAAUUGCUGCUGCUGCUGCCUACAAACUACCAACCACAACACAACACAACACAACACCAAUUGCACCCACAAUGCCUCCCCCGAAGACCCAACUCCCCGAAGGCGGCAAGACCCUGGUCUACUCCACGGUAGACGGCCACGACAUCAAACUGGACUACUACCUACCGCGCAACACGACGAGCGGCCACCUGCCCGCCAUCAUCUACUACCACGGGGGCGGCAUGACCGCCGGCUCACGGCGCGACGGUCACUUUCCCACCUGGCUCUACGGUGCCCGUCCCUCCCUCAGCUCCUCAAUCCCCCCCAUCAACUCAACUAACCCAUAAUCAUCCAAAAGACCACUGCCAAAAAAACACCUACAUCUUCAUCGCCGCCGAUUACCGCCUCUGCCACCCGAGCACCGCCCUCGACCAAAUCGCCGACGCCAAGGCCUUGUUCACCUUCCUCGCCAGCCCGG